GUCAACUACAGUGACGAAGAAGUGAGUUUUGCUCACUAUAUAUUUGCAGAAGACCUUCCUCCUGAUGAAGCUUUGGUCAAAACAAUGAUGAAAUCAUAUACCAGGCAGACAUUAUGGAGCUUAUGCCCCGAGUCAAGCGUUGAUGCUGAUGUAAUUACAGCGUUAGCAUGCCACUUGACCUUGGACGAAGUUAAAAGCGAUACUGGUCGUGGAAGAGGAGUGUGCUUUCUG